AUGGAAUCUAACGAGUCCUCUUAUGUGUCCUCGCCGGAGGCUCCAGGGAAGAAAUCUCCUCCGCCGCCCAAAUCUCCCACUUCAGAUACUACGGAGAAGGCAGCAUAUAUUAGAUUUCUUGUGUCAAAUGCUGCAGCUGGUUCAGUGAUUGGGAAGGGUGGUGCGACAAUUACCGACUUCCAGUCUGAAUCGGGAGCAAGGAUUCAGUUAUCACGCAACUAUGAAUUUUUCCCAGGGACAUCUGAUAGAAUAAUUAUGAUUUCUGGAAACAUUGAUGAGAUUUUAAGGGCUGUGGAGCUUGUUCUUAAUAAAUUGCUAAGUGAGCUUCAUACUGAAGAUGGUGGUGAUGCUGAACCACGAAUGAAACUGAGACUAAUUGUCCCAAAUGGCUCUUGUGGUAGCAUUAUUGGGAAAGGAGGAGCUAUCAUCAAGUCAUUCAUUGAAGACUCCCAAGCUGGCAUCAAGAUUUCCCCACUGGACCAUAACUUUUAUGGAUUGAAUGAUAGGCUGGUGACGUUAACUGGUACUUUGAAUGAGCAGAUGCGUGCAGUUGACCUCAUUUUGUCAAAGCUAGUUGAAGAUCCUCACUACUCACAGAGCAUGCAUACCCCAUUGUCGUACGCAGCAACUGCAGCGUACAAUGUGGUGAACUAUGCUGGGCAAAAUGGUGGCGGAGGAAAGUUCCAGAAUAACAAGGAGGAGCGAACCAACUCGGUAACAAUUGGUGUCGCUGAUGAGCACAUCGGCUUGGUUGUUGGUCGCGGUGGUAGGAACAUAUUGGAAAUCAGCCAGGUCAGCGGGGCAAAGAUAAAAAUAUCAGACAGAGGCGAUUUUAUGACCGGGACAAAUGACAGGAAAGUAACAAUCACAGGGACACAAAGGGCCAUCCGUGCAGCUGAGGGCAUGAUAACUCAGAAGGUGUCUUAUGCUUCGGAGAGAGUUGCCGAUCAUCUCUGA